UCUCUCUUCUCCGGCGUUCGUCGUCAACACAUUAUUAUUGCUUAGAUCUUAAGUGUGUUGUAGGUUUCUUCUCCAUAGUGUUGGGGACUAUUGGCUGACAGUCCAAUGGAUUUUGACGAAUACGAGUACUUGGAAAAAAUGGUGGAGAAUCCUGAUGUGUCUGAGCAAAAAUCUAAUGGAGGUGAAGAAACUGAUAAAAACGGAGAUAAAGAACGGAGACACAGCUCUAGACAUAGAAGUGACAAGAAUAGUGAUGAUCGAAGGUCAAAACGCUCGAGAUCCGAUGAGGAAUUGCGUGACCGUGAGAAAGAAAGGGGCUCCUCUCGCCACCGUUCAUCUCCAAAGGAUGGUGAUAGAGACAGACAAAGGAGUAGCCGCGAAACUAGAGACAAGGAUAGGGACAGGGAUAGGGAUCGUGUGAGGGGAAGACGUGAAUAUGAGAAAGAAAGGGAGGGGAAAGACAGAGACAAAGACAAAGAACAUGAACGAGCGCAUCGAAGUGGAAGCAGGUCAGAAAGACAUGCAAAUGAACGGGAUAGAGAGAAGAGCCGUGAUAGAGAGAAGAGCCGUGAUAGAGAGGUUAGAGAUAGAGAAAGAGAAAGAGAAAAAGAAAGAGAAAGAGAAAGAGAAAAAGAUAAAGAAAGGGAAUCUAGAGAAGCUGAUCGAGAAAGCAGAUGUGCUAGAGCAAAAAUCCUCAGUCAGGCUCAGGGACUCAGGUCAUGGGUUUAUUUUGGAAUCCAAAAUAAAAGCUUGAAAUUGGAAGAUUUGGGGUGGCCCUUUUGGCAGGGUGACAAUGAUGAUGAUGAUGUCAUGUUAUGAUUUUCAUUAUCCUCCACCUUUAAACCAACAUCGUCUUAUUUUAUUAUCUAUUCUGUUGCAGAAAUGCCGUUGUGGGAGUACAGAAGCUUUUGCUUGUGGAUAUCAUGCAAGAUCCAUUUUCUUUUACAGGAUAUAUCUGUUGCCAUGCGUUAUAUUUGAUAAUUAAUUAAUUAAUUAUUAAUAUUAUUACAUUUCAGGUCUAAUACCACCAAUAAUUUCUCAAUGGAAAAUUGCACACUGUUUAAGUAGCACGUACCCGUUUUCAGUUUUCUACCAACACAUUUUUUGUUUUUAUGCAUGAGAACUGAUCAUAGAUGCUUGUGGCUUUAGUUUUUUUGCUUUGUAUAUUUCUGUAUAAUGUAAACGUCUUCUAAUAAUGAAACGGAUACUGUUAGCAGGUUUAUUCCCUUCGAUUUACUAGUAUUAUUAUGUCACUCCGCCAUUAAUAUCAACUGAUGUUCGAGUAAUGUUAGGUUCAUUAGGAAAAGGUACAAAUAUAUCCUUCAUUGUCGCCUGAUUUGGAUUUUACAUAGUUUUGUACAAUAUCUUUGCUGCUUUUAUAAAUGUUGCUUUGUUUUCCAGGUUGGUUCUUUUAACUUCAGCAGCUGCAAUAUCAUUGUCGCCUGAUUUGGAUUAUACAUAAUUUUUGAAACGUAGUUCUUGCAUUAAAAUGUUGAUUUUUUGUAGGCGGCAUAAAGACAAGAAGGAAGGACCUGUAGAGCCUGAAGUUGAUCCAGAACGAGAUCAACGUACGGUCUUUGCGUAUCAGAUAUCUCUAAAGGCUGAUGAAAGAGACGUUUAUGAGUUCUUCUCAAGGGCUGGCAAGGUUCGAGAUGUACGUCUUAUUAUGGAUCGUAACUCAAGACGCUCAAAAGGAGUUGGGUACAUCGAAUUUUAUGACGCAAUGUCGGUCCCUAUGGCAAUAGCACUCUCUGGUCAACCUCUUCUUGGUCAUCCGGUGAUGGUCAAACCAUCAGAGGCUGAAAAAAAUCUUGUACAGUCCACUGCAACUGCUGGAGUUGCUGGUGGUGCAGGUGCAACUGGAGGGGCAAGAAAGUUGUAUGUAGGCAAUCUGCAUUACAAUAUGAAGGAAGAUCAACUUCGUCAGGUAUUCGAAUCAUUUGGCACAGUGGAGCUGGUGCAGUUACCUACUGACGAGACCGGGAAUUGUAAAGGUUUUGGUUUUAUUCAGUUUGCAAGACUUGAAGAUGCCAGAGCUGCACAGAGUUUGAACGGACAGCUGGAGAUUGCAGGUCGAAUGAUGAAGGUGUCUGCCAUUACUGAUCAACCUGGAAUGCAAGAAGUCGGUGUUAAUCCUGGUGAUUUUGACGACGAUGAUGGAGGCGGCUUGGCUUUAAAUGCACGUUCUCGAGCACUUCUCAUGCAGAAGUUGGACCGCAGUGGAACCGCAACAAGUGGUGUUGGAUCAUUGGGCAUUGCAACCACUAAUGGCACAGGCCUACCAUCUGGCGUUCCCGCCAUUGCAUCAAUGCCUGUUCCACCUGUUACUGUUCCUUGCGUAGAAAGCAUCGGUGUCCCUAGUGAAUGUUUACUGUUGAACAACAUGUUUGAUCCUGAAUUGGAGGACGAGCCAGAUUUUGAUCUAGAUAUUAAGGAAGACGUACAGUCAGAAUGCUCAAAAUAUGGAAAACUGAGGCACAUCUACGUUGAGAAGAACAGUGCUGGGUUUGUUUAUUUGCGUUUUGAGAACACUCAAUCUGCAGUAGCUGCUCAACGUGCCCUUCAUGGGAGAUGGUUUGCUGGGAAGAUGAUCACCGCCUCAUUUAUGGUGCCACAAACUUAUGAGGCCAAAUUUCCCGACAGCAUCUAGGUGAUGUCGGACACAAGUGUUGGGAAUCCGAAGGCUGCGGGGAGGAUGUUGUCUAAGUUUGAGUUUUUGAAAACCAAAAAUACUGGAAUGUUUUCUAUGGUACAUUUAGAUAGGUUCUAAAGUGUGUGUAAAAGAAGGAAGUUUGAUACUGAGCAGUUGCAGGUAUUUGUGUUUUUAAGAGAAACCAUUGGAUGUAUAAUUUUCUAAACAUGUACCAACUUUUUUUAAUGUUGCUUUUUUACAUUCUACUA